CAUGCCUGGACAGCCAAAGGCUGUCCAGGCAUGCUGGGAGUUGUAGUUUUGCAACAUCUGGAGGUACCCUGGGUUGGGAAACACUGGUCUAUAGGGUUUGUCUCCUCAUACUGGAAGAUGUAGCAUGGACGGUGAAUCUUCAUAGGCCACUGUUACUCUUUCGGGAUUCCUUGCCAUUGUACUUUCCAAUGGUUGUAUCAAUAAGGAACCCCCCAAAAUUUAUAGACACAUCGGGACAUUGUACGGACUUGAACCUUGGAUCAGUAUCCGUGAGAUUCCAUUGUGGAAACCUGUUUUGUCACAUUGCCAACGGUAAGAGUGAAGUGUUACCGGGAAGAUGACGGCCACGAGUCAGAGCAAGUAUGGUGAGAAUUCUACGAGGGGAAACAAGUGCAGCAGGAACCCAUUCAACAGCAUCAAGGUCUUCGUGGUUUGUCAUGGAUUCCUGCAGCUCUCUCAGCUCCUCCUGUCCGGCUACCUCAGGAGUUCAAUUUCCACCAUUGAGAAGCGCUUUGGGUUAUCCAGUCAGACAUCUGGGAUCCUGUCGUCCUUUAAUGAGAUUGGGAACACUGUGCUCAUCGUCUUCAUCAGCUACUUUGGGAGCAGAGUCCACCGACCGCGGUUCAUCGGCCUAGGAGCUCUGAUCGUCUGCUCUGCUGGAUUUAUCAUGUGCCUACCCCACUUUAUUAUGGGACCGUAUGAGUACGACAAAUCGUUUGCAAGUACCUACAGUAACAUAACCGACAUCUGUCAGCCCGGCACACUGAACCAGAGUCCCAGCAGUGACCAGUGCAUGACGACGGCUCAGAGAGCAGACAGCCAGGUCCUGUCCAUUCUGUUCAUCGGUCAGAUCCUGCUGGGGAUCGGUGGGGUGCCCAUUCAACCCUUCGGGAUUUCUUACAUAGAUGAUUUUGCCAGCAAAAGGAACUCGCCGCUGUACAUAGGCAUCCUCUUCGCUGUGACGGUGAUGGGCCCCGGCGUCGCUUUCAUCCUCGGAUCCUUCAUGUUACGCUACUAUGUUGACAUUGACAAGCUCCCAUCCAGUGAAAUAGUUCUUACCCCCAGUGACCCGCGCUGGAUCGGAGCCUGGUGGCUGGGCUUCAUAGUGGCCGCCAGUAUUGUAGUAUUGGCCUCCAUCCCCUACUUCUUCUUCCCCAGAGAAAUGCCAAAAGAGCAGGUCACAAAUGAGGGAGCGGAUGAGCGCCCCCCCGGCCUGAUGGACGCCUUCACCAAUAACCCUGACACAAGUGAACCCGUGUCCUUGGCAAAGUUCAUCAAAGUAUUUCCCAAAGUUCUACUCAGGACACUGAAAAAUCCAAUCUAUAUUCUGGUGGUUUUGGCUCAAGCCAAUCUGUCCGCCAUGAUAUGUGGGCUGGCGACAUUCAUGGCCAAGUUUCUGGAGAGACAAUUCUCAGUCACUGCAUCAUUGGCUAAUCUAAUGAUCGGAUCCAUAAACAUCCCAGGAGCCAUGACCGGCAUUGUUUUAGGCGGGUUCAUCGUGAAGAGGUUCCACUUAUCCCUCCGGCAGUGCGGCGCUAUGUGCAUCAUCGGAAUGCUGAGCUGCGUCUUGAUCGCUCUCCCUCUUCUCUUCUUGGGAUGCUCGACGCAACAGUUUGCGAGUCCCCAAGCUGACCCGCACUUGAGUGUUGGACUUUGGCACAAUGUGACUGAGUGCAGCAGUAAAUGUGGCUGCUCCAAAUCAGCUUUCAACCCGAUCUGCGGUGCGGACGGCAUCGAGUACAUCUCUCCAUGCUACGCUGGCUGUCAGGGGGUUAACUUCGAUUACGCUGCAAGUAAAGUGCUGAAUUAUACCCAUUGUGACUGUAUAACCUCUCCAGGAUCGGGGAGCUCAGCCAGUCCGGGAUCGUGUGGAAGCAGCUGUUACCAUCUGUUCAUGCCCUUCAUGGUCCUGUCCUUCCUGGCCGGGGCAUUGGCCAGCUUAUCCCAGACGCCUUCCUUCAUGCUGAUACUUAGGAGCGUCAACCCAGCGGAAAAAUCCCUGGCCAUCGGAAUGCAGUUCAUGUUCCUGAGGAUUCUUGCCUGGCUGCCCGGCCCCGUCAUGUAUGGCAGCAUGAUUGACAGCACCUGUAUACUAUGGGGGAAGAAGUGCGGAGCCAAAGCCGCCUGUCAGUAUUAUAAUAACAACCUGCUGAGACAACGGUUCAUCGGCCUGCAGAUUAUCUUUGAAAUAGGAGCCUUGAUCUUCUUCAUUGCCGUUUACUGCGUGUUACGUCACAAAGACAAGGUCAAGGCAGAAGAAGAGGAGAACCCGGAGACUCACAAGUUAAAUGAGACGGAGGGAAAUCUGAAAAUCGUUCCAAGCCAGGAGAAGGAAGUGGCUACUUAGGUCACUUGUGGAAUGUUCUGUGGGGAUGUUUAUUCCGUGCUCUGUGUGAGGGAUUCUCCUCAUCAAACUGGAGACAUUGUGCAAUAUCUUCAAGAGAACUUCACAAGGAACGUCUCCUCGCAACUCAUCGGAAUUCCUGCAAAUGAGGAUUAAACCAUUUUGUUUAUCAAACCUUUCAAAAUAUUUCAAAAACAUUACAUUAAGGAAAGGACAUGUUUCUGCACCAAAGAUGAUCACAGAGCAAAUGCUGAAAUUCCAUCCCAAACUUCCCUCCGUUUUUUUUCUAUUCCUGAUCACUGCCUGGUUGCAAAUUUAACUUUACAACAAAGUUUCUACUGACGCCAUCAAGGUUUACUAUAGUUUGGUCAUAAAUUGGAAUGACUUGAUAAGAAGAGAGAAAAUGCCACCAAGUUCAACCAGUUUACUGUUAGCAUUUUCCAUCCAGGAGAAGUUGGAAGACCUCUGUGAACCCAAAGGAGUUAAAGGGUUACUCCACCUCUAGACAUCUUAUCCACUAUCCAAAGCCCCUGAUCUCCCUGCUGCUCCCGGCAUUCUUUUAGAGUGUUGGGUGCAGAGCCGGAGACUCGUGAUGUCACAGUCACACCCCCUCAAUACAAGUCUAUGGGAGGGGUCAUGACAGCAUUGAGGGGGCGUGGCCAUGACAUCAUGAGCCUCCAUCCCGCAUCGCCAGUCAUCCGGCACAGAACGAAGUUCACUCCCUGCACCGGAUGCCUGGGGUGCCGCAGCCGAGAUAGUGCGGGUUCCGCCACUGGGGAUAGGGGAUAAGAUGUCUAGGGGUGGAGUACCCCUUUAAGACCUAAACAAAAAUCAAAAAGGUAUAAAUGCGGAAAAUUAUUAACUUUUAAUCUUCAGUGUACAGAGGAAUACCAUCUGACAUCUAUCACCUGACAUCAAGAUCAGACAUUUUCCUCCUACAGGACAGAAAAGGUUGGAAGGUCCCUAUGAACCCACGGGAGCAACUUAGUGCAUCAUAUGCCUAAAAACAAUCAAAAAGCUAUUAAAAUAAAAAUAAAAAAAGCUAAAACUAAGAUGGAUAUAUUACUCUACAUUCCAUAUGGGAAUCUUUACCUUUAGCUUCAGUUGCCCUUUUCCUACUUUCCAAUUUAUGGUAUGAGCCUCCCCUUAACCUUUCCUCUUCAGCAAGUUCAGUCUUUCCUGUUGAUCCAGAAGACAUUGUAAGGUCCCUAUGAACCUUCAGAAGCAAUUUGCAGCACCAAAAGCCUAAAACAAUACAAAAGCUAUAAAAACAGGCCAGUAAUAACUUUUUAAUCCUCAGUGUAAAUUGAACUACAUGACUUUGAACUCAAUCAUCUCGCUCUACAUUCCAUGCAGGAAACUUCCCUUUCUGCUGCUAUCCAUGCUCCAGUUGGCCUUUUCUCUUGUUCCCAUUAUUGGUGUAAGCCCACCCUUGGAUCAUCUUCUCUAUUAAGUUCAUCCUCUCCUGUCUGCUUCAUUUAUCCUGAAGAAGUUGGGACACAUUUGCUCUACAUUCCAUACAGGAAACGUCAUCCUCUGCGGCUAUCCUCACUCCAAUUGGCCUUUUCUCACCAUCCCAUUAUUGGUACCAACAUCAAAAGAAAAAGUGGCACCGAUACCUUUGAAUGCAGCUCCUCGGGAUGGAUAGUGUACCGUACGACAAGUAAACAGAUCAGUCCAGGUGCGGCGGUGCUAGGACAACAUAUGUAGCGCCCCACGCUACCUUGCAAACCGUUCCCGUAGGAGCAGCCCGAGAUGGGAGCCAAAUAACCACAGUUUAUGCGAUGAGUGCAGGACGCCUGUUUUUUCUUCUAUAUUCAUCCCAUUAUUGGUAUGAACCUACCCUAGGCUCGCCUUCUCCAGAGGGUUCCCCCUGUCCUUUCGAACACAUCUUGCUCUACAUUCCAUACGAGAAACUUCACCUUCUGCUGCUAUCCCCACUCUAGUUGGCCUUUUCUAAUUUUCCCAUUGUUGGUGUAAGCCUACCCUUGGCUCGCUUUCUCUAUUAAGUUCAUCCUCUCCUGUCUGCUUCAUUUAUCCUGAAGAAGUUGGGACACCUUUGCUCUACAUUCCAUACAGGAAACUUAAUCCUCUGCUGCAAUCCUCGCUCCAGCUGGUCUUUUCUCUCAUUCCCAUUAUUGAUAUGAGCCUACCCUUGGCUCACCUUCUCCAGUAAGUUCCUCCUCUCAUGUAUCCUUUAUUGAUCCAGAAUAAGUUGGAACACAUCUUGUUCUACAAUUCCUUAAAGGGAUCUUCAUCUUCAACAAAGAUGUAAAUACAGGACAGUGAUACAUUUUAGACAUCUUCAGUGUAAAGUGACAUCAGUCACAGGCUUCCUCUACAUUCCACAGAGGAAUCUUCACCUUCAGCUGCUAUCCCAGCUCCAGUUGGCCUUUCCUUCCUUACCCAUUGAUGGUGCGAGCCUUCUUCCUUGGACCUCUACUCUCCUUUCGUACUGGAAUGUUAGCAAAGAGAAGAUGGAAGAUGAGUCUUAUUGUCCAUCAUAUCUACAAGGAUGAGGCAGAACUUGAGGCUCUUGGUUCCCAAUACAAGGCCAACACAUAGCAUGGACCAUUUACAAAACUGGUUUCUUUCUAUGAGGUUCUUCAUCCGGCAUCAGUGCUUGAUUGCGCCUGGUAUCUCAGCACCUUCUGAGGAUAUGGGGUCAUGAUGUGAACUUUUAUAAAAAAAAAAAAAAAAAUAGGAGCUCCAUAUUGAUUUUCGGGGCUCCUUCUUCUCAGUUUAUACUACUGUAGACAUAUAAAUGCUUAGAUAACACAUUUUUGGAUAACCAAUUGUUUUUUAUAGCAUAUUUUUUACUGAUAUCUCAGCUCGUGGUACCAUUGUAUUUGUAUUUGUUAAUAUUUGAGAUAUUUUUGUAAUACAUUCCAUGCCUUAUCUUCCCAAGGUCUUUUAAGGCUUCGAAGCCUUGGUAACUUGACCUUGACCAGUACUUGUAAAGCUCUAUGCAAUAUGUAUAGCACUUUAUGAAGGCGUGAAUAAUAUGAAGUAUUAUUCAUGCUUUAGAAAUCAGGGAACAACAUGUUUCAUGGAGAACAGACUUAAAGGGAUACUCCAGUGUUUGAUAACUUAUCCCCUAUGCACAGGAUAGGGGUACGUGUCUGAUCAGCGAGGGUCGGCUGCUGGGACCCUCGGAAUGUCCAGAAUUGCCCCCCGAAUCCCCCUGUACCCAUAGCAGGGUCCACACCAACCAAGCCCAAUCCUUACCCCCCACCACCCCCAUGUAUUCUCUAUAAGAGAGCCAGAGUGCCGUACUCCUGUAUCUUCAGUGCUGUCAUAGAGAAUUCAUGGAGAGAUAGCAUCGACCCACUCAAUGAGAGUCUGGGGCUAUUCUGGGUAUUACAGGGGGUCCAAUCUCAAACCCUCCGCAAUUGGGCACUUAUCCCCUAUUCUAUGAAAAUGAGAUAAAUUAUGAAAUGCCGGAGCACCCCUUUAGUGGGAAUUUAUGAGAUGAUAUUUAUGAAACAAGCUGCGGAUGCCAUCAGAUAGGUGACAGUGUAAAGGUAUCAACCAUACUUUUUGUUAGUGUCAAUGGGUUUGGGACAACUUACAAAAAUUAUGAAUUUUCUCCAGGUGUCAAGGGGGUGGAGCUGAGCUGCUUAAGUGCCAUAGCAAGGGAUUUAAAAACAGGGCUCAGCAUCAUAAGCUUAGCCCUGUACCUCAAUCAACCAGUAAAGGAGGUUGGCCCGGGAGUCAAGCGGCACUGUGGCACUUAAGAAGCUCGGUCCCGCCACCUUGACACUUGAACAUCAUAUUUUAUACGUUUUGCCAAAUUAUCAACACUAACACGAUCCCUAUAAUAGUCAGUACUGCCAGAUAUUUACCAUUGAGUUCUAUUCAAGUCAUAUACUCUUUUUCCAGUAAAGCAUUGACUAUAUCUACCAGUGUUUCCAAAGCAGGAGGGGGCCUCCGGCUGUUGCAAAGCUGCAAAUCCCAGCAUGCCCGGACAGCUGUCGGCUGU